AUGAAUUCCAACUCAUCGACUUUCGAGAGUAAAACCGAUGUACUCAUCAUUGGUGCCGGGCCUGCAGGGCUUAUGGCUGCUUGGUGGAUGGCCCGUUGUGGCAUUGCCGCACGCAUUGUCGACAAGCGUGGCGUUAAAGUGAUCAACGGACACGCUGACGGCCUGAGGCCAAGAACCGAAGAACUCUUUGACAGUAUGGGCAGCGGCCUUAUGGAAAAAGUAAACGAAGAAGGCUACAUCUUUGAAAACUUAAAGACAUGGAUUCAAGACCAGGACAAGAAAAUCAGCAGAGCUUCUGUGGAAAAGCUGAUGGACGACCAUGUCGGUGAUUUGCCUUCUCCGUUUUUGAACAUUACCAUUUCCCAAGGACGCAUCGAGCGUUUUCUACUCGACGCCAUUCAUGAGCUUUCCGAGGGGAGGCUGCAUGUCGAGCGCGGAGUCGUCGCCGAGUCUCUGGCUUAUGAUCCUUUGCUCGAACCGGACCACGGUGCCUAUCCAAUUACGAUAAACCUGCGCACUCUCCCGGACAGCGAAGCCAAUCCGAAGCCGGCAGAUGGCGCAUUUGGCGGACGUGAUGUUUUGGCAACAGCCAACUUGCCACCUGACGAAUCGCAAAACGGACAGGCAUUUAAUCGCACGCCAGACGUAGUCGAGACCGUCAAGGCCCGCUACCUGAUCGGCAGUGAUGGUGCUCAUAGCUGGCUCAGGGAACAACUCGGUUACAGAACCGAGGGCUCUCAGACUGAUUCAAUUUGGGGGGUCAUGGACAUUGUCCCAAUGACCAACUUUCCCGACAUCUAUUAUCCUUGCCUCGUCAAAGGCGAGCUAGGCACACUGAUGGUGGUUCCGCGCGAGCGCAACCUGACACGAAUCUACGUUCCUUUUCCUAAUGACCACGCGAGCGAGCGAUUCGACCGCUCAUCAAUCACUCUGCAGCGAAUUUCAGACAAGGCAAAAAAGUUCUUUGAGCCUUACGAGUUUGACUUCACAGUGUGCGAGUGGUGGAGCGUGUACCAGGUCAGCCAGCGAGUCGCGGAGCGCUGCGGCCAUCCGGGCAACCGCAUGUUUCUCGCCGGUGAUGCCGUGCACAUGCAUUCCCCCAAGGUCGGACUAGGUAUGAACACGAGCAUGCAGGACGGCUUCAAUCUCGGCUGGAAAAUUGCACUUGCAGCGUCCGGGGCUGUCCGCGCCGAAAGCGCGCUCCUUGAUACGUACCAAGCCGAGCGCCUCCCCGUCGGGCAGAAGCUGGUCCGGUUUGACCAUUCGCUAUUCAGCAGCAGCGGCGGUCUGGAUCCCGCCGAGUUUCGAAGGCGCCACACCGAGUUCAAGGAAUUUGCGCAGGGCCGCAGACUGGAGUACCCGCAAAGCAUCCUGAUUGACAAGCAUGCGAGCACGCAGAGUGUUGCAGCAGGCCUGCCGGUGGGCGAGUCUUUCAAGCAUGCAAAGAUUUUGGGCCACGCAAAUUCGCAGCUGGCGUGGACGACAAAGGUGUUCAAGAGCGACGGACGGUUCAGGAUUGUGCUCAUGGCUGGGGAUGUGAGUGUCCCAGGUCAAAUGCAGAGAGUCGAGCAGUUUUGCGCACGUCUCGAGGCUGAAAAGCUGGGCGACAACGGAAAGGCCACUUCGUUGCUCCACACGCGCUACCAGUAUCCUUUCAAGACGUCUUCGAAUGCUGCAGAGCUCAGUCGGAGCACGGCGCAGCACCCGCACAUCACCUAUCGGCACGAGCGAGCGCCAAUGUCUUGUGUCUCUCUUGUGGCCAUUCAUACUGCGAUUGAUGCUCACGACACCCUGCCGCUGCUCGCCUUUCCCAGCGCCUUGCGAGGGCCAUUCGAUCCCAACUACCACGGCUGGGACGCCUCGCGCCUGUUCGUCGAUGCGCCCAUCCAUUACGACCGCUACUGCGACGGAUUGGCGUACAGUAGAUGGGGUGUUGACCGUUUGAGAGGAGCGGUGGUCGUGGUCAGGCCUGACAUGCACGUGGGAUGGGUUGGUGAGUUGGAAGAUGACGGACUUGAGAGAUAUUUCGCCAACUUGUUCAAAUAA